AAUACACGCAGGAAGUUCUGUGUCCUCCCAUCUGCCAGCACAAAGGCUUAUGGGGUGCAAUGAUAUCCAUUUUGUCCGUCUCCGGCGCCUCCGUUUUUCUCGGCUUCGUCAGCUGCUUCGUGGACCCAGUGGUCCCACACAGCAGGAGUGCAAGAGAUCCCUUCGGAGGACUGAGCGAUCGUGGCCCAAGGUGAGUUUCCCGGACGCCUCGGGGGUCCCGGCCCCCGCCAUGCUCCAUGAGGCGGGCAGCCCCUGGCUGCUGGAGUUUCUGCGGACCCUCCAGCUGGACCAGUUCUACGUCCCUAUCCGCGACCAGCUCAACGUCACGCGGGCCGAGCACUUCGACUUCGUACAGCCCAGCGACCUCGAUGGCAUCGGCAUGGGCAAGCCCGCCCAGCGCCGACUGGCUGAGGCCGUGAAGAGACAACGCCCGGGGCUGAAACCCAAGAACUGGGUCUAUAAGAUCCUGGGGGCCCGGGGGUCUGAGCCGAAGGAGGGCGAAGGCUCCUCGCCGGAAGGCGGCCUCAGGCCCCCGUCCUCGGAGCCGGAUGGAGCCCUCAAGUGUUUGAUUCCCGAGCAGAACGUGCGGCUCGGGGAGCAGCUGGGAGCCGGCUGCUUUGGGGUCGUUCAUCGAGCCAUCUGGACCCUCCCCGGGGGGAAGACCGUGCCGGUGGCCGUGAAGUCUCUGAGGAGCGGGGCGACGGUGGCGGCCGCGGGCGCUGGAGGCCCCGCCCUGGGUGACUUCCUGCAGGAGGUGACCGUAAUGCUGGGCCUGAACCAUCCACACCUGCUGCAGCUCUACGGGGUCGUGCUAGGGACCCAGCUACACAUGGUGAUGGAGUUAGCCCCCCUGGGAUCCCUGGAGUCCUGCCUGGCGGCGUCGCCCCCGAUGCCCCUGCCGCUUCUCUGCCUCUUCCUGCGCCAGCUGGUGGACGCCAUGAGCUACCUGGAGGGCCGAGGGUUGGUUCACCGGGACCUGGCCACCCGGAACCUUCUCCUGGCGGCCCCCGACGUGCUCAAGGUGGCCGACUUCGGGCUGGUGCGACACCUCGGCGGGCCCGGGGGCCGCUACAUCAUGGGGGGGCCCCGGCCGAUCCCCUACGCCUGGUGUGCCCCCGAGAGCCUGCGGCUCGGCGCGUUCUCGUCGGCGUCGGACGUGUGGAUGUUCGGGGUGACCCUGUGGGAGAUGUUCUCCGGUGGCCGGGAGCCGUGGGCCGGGCUGAGCGCCCACCAGAUCCUGCAGCGGCUGGAGCGGGACCGGCUCAGGCUGGAGCGGCCUCAGCUCUGCCCUCGGGGGCUCUACGGCCUCGCCCGCUGCUGCUGGGCCUCCGUGCCCGCCGACAGACCCACCUUCUGCCAGCUGGACGGGCUGCUCCGUGAGGCAUGGCCUCUGGAAGUACGGUGUGUGCGGGAACUGAACGAGCCAGGGGCUCUGAGGAUGGAACCGGGAGACCUGAUCACUGUCAUCGAUGGCAGCCCCGACCUCCCCAUCUGGAGGGGCCAGAACGGCCGGACGCUGAAGUCGGGACCCUUCCCCGCGACGGCCGUGAGCCCGGUCCAGGCGGGAGCCCCCGGCCCGGCGGCCCCCCGGAUCAGCCUGCCCAUCCGCGGGACCUUCCAGCACACGGCCCACGGCGACCACAGGCUUCUGGAGCGGAGCUGGGCCGGCCACGAAAGGAUGGAGGACAGGGGCAGAGCGCGGCUGCGGGAAGCAGCAGCGGGCCGGGCCGGCGGGAUGCCGCUCCGCCAGAUGAAAGGUCUCUCCAAGAGCCUGGAAUCCAUCCCCUCCUCGGACCCCGUGCCGCCUCGCGCCCGGCGAUGCCCCCCGGAUGCCUGCCGCAUGAGCGCCGUACCCCUGGAGGGCCUGGCCUCCUCCCUCUCCCAGUCCCCCCAGGAGAGGGUCCGCCCCAAGCGGGACCCCGGCCCGUCCGACCGGCCCCCUGACCCCUGGACGCCCCCGGGGGGCAGCCGGGCACCGGUGGCCGUCCCUAAUGCCAGCCCCCGCCCUGACCCGGAGCUGCUGAGGAAGAUUAAGGAGGUAGAAACGAGCGUCCACGGCGUCACCCGGCAGGAGUGCCAGGAGGCCCUGAGAGCCGCGGGUGGGGCAGUGCCCGCCGCCAUCCAGAAUCUCAAGGUCGAGCAGCUGUUCCACCUUAGCAAUCACUCUCGCGACUACUGUCGCCGCCUCCUCGAGCGCAAGCAGUGGGACCUGUCGGCCGCCAGCCGCUACAUCCUGGCUCACCCUUGACCUUCCCCGCGCCCGCCGCUCCCCGGGAGCCGGACGGGGGGGCGGGGGUGCUGUUACUUCGCCCUCCGGCACGGCCCCCCCAUCCCGGGAGGACCCGUCCUGCCAACCACGGGCUCGUCACAACGGACCAAGGGAAGAGGGCUACGCUGAAGCAGCAGCGCGGUCUCACAGAAAGAGCCCCGGCCUGGGAGACAGAGGACUUGGGUUCUCAUCCCGGCUCCGCCAGUUACCUGCUGAGCUACCUCGGGCAAGUCGCUUCGCCUCUCUGAGCCUCGGUUCCCGUACGUGCAAAACGGGGACUCGAGACCUAUGCUCCUUCCUACUUAGAUUUGAAGCCUCAUGUGAGGUCUGACCAUCUUCUAUCUACUCCAGCGCUCAGUAGAGUGCUCAGCGCCGUUGCUAUCAGGCCACCUCCUAGCAGAAAGCCUGGAUGGAUCGGGGCGGUGGUCCUGAGGGCCUGUUCAGUGAGGAAGGGAGGAUGGAUGGGAAGUCACUCCUGCUUCCCUCCUCUCCAGGAAUCGUGGAAAGAGGCGGGGUACGGCAUCUCCCAAAUGCCCCCACUCCCUGCUCAUUGCCUUACGGGACUGAGCCUGGGGACUGACGCUGCCACGACGGGCGUCGAGGGAGACCUUACUGGAUUUUAAGGGAGUUCAUUUUGCUCUCUGGAGGCAGCCAUCUAGGAUGAGGAGAGUGGCCGUGUCGGACCACGCCGUGGAGGCCGCCUUCUUGGACGGUGAGAGCGGCCUUGUCGGACCACCUUCUGGAAACUCCCGUCUUGAAUCCAAGCUGGGUACGGGAGAGCAACAGAGUGAAUCUCUGGUUACGCGAAGGCCCGCCACCUUAAACUGCACCAGCCGUCCUCCUGGACUAGGGAGAGAACCGCCUGGACCGCUAACACGGCCUCCUCCACUUUCCCGACCGGCUCGGGGUGGCCAUCCCCUCCCCUCAAUGCACGGCACUUCCGACAUCCAAAAAGUUAAAAUGUUUAUACGCAAUACAAAGGUACAUUCCCCCUCCGUCGGCCUUUGGCACGGCGGGGCACGGCUGAGGGGGACGGUUAAAUAAGGCACACAGGAAGCUGCAGUGAGCACCAAUAAAGAAGAGUUGGGGGGCUUUUGAAGGUAGGGUGACCCCGGAUGCGGGCAUCUGAUAAGUCCCUGAAUGCUGAAGGCACUUUCCUCCGUGGGUGGUGACGAGCCGAGUGGACUCGCUGACCCCUCUGGUUACAGAAGAGGAGAAGGAAAUGGGUGACAGGGACUGAGAGCGGGUGAAAGGCUCAGAGGGUACGGAGGAAGGAGGGGAGACAGAGUAGGCGGAGGGAGAAAGAGGAGGCAGGAGUCUCCUCUACCACCUCAGAUACCAGGGCAGUGGGGGGUGAGCCCACUGUUGGGUAGGGACUGUCUCUAUAUGUCGCCAACUUGUACUUCCCGAGCGCUUAGU